UACUUUUAUUUCGAUUUUGAAAUAAAUGCCGAACAUUAUUUUUGAAUAAAUUUUGACGAAAUAAUGAAUUCUGAAAGAGGCCUAUACCCGCCUCACCAAGGUUGUCGCUCGCCCAACCGAGCUAUAAAAGCCGAUAAUGUGCUUUGGCGAAAAACUCUAACUAAAUUUAUAUAAUAUUAAACCAUGUGUGCUUUAAAAUGAACAGGAAAUAAGACAAGCAUUAUUAUGAGAUAUACAGGCUAUUCAUUUUUUAUUGAUCAAUCCACAAUAUGUGAAGAGUUAACUAGUGCACAUGUCAUGUGUUUUGUCUCUAAAUAAGAAAGUUAUGUUGUUCAAUUCAGGUUAGCCAAAGAUUGGCACGAGUGGGUCCGCAAUAAACUCUGAGGCUGUUCAAGUAUUUCACAACAAUCGGGUAAUUCAUGAGAACAGGUAAUAUCGUAGAUGAAGCCGCGCGAAGCUAAAAGUUCGCCUCAAGUAAUUCACUCGGUGGCCUCGAUAACUAUAUUAUUCUUCUUCACCUUGCGAUAUGAUUAAAUAGACUAAUAACAACUUCCUAGAGCUUGUGACGUUAAUUAUCACCAUAUUUAAAAAAAUUGGUGGAUUAUAUAUGAAACUAGCGACCCGCCCCGGCUUCGCACGGGUACAAAAUUAUAAAUGUUAUUAUACCUACAUAAAAACCUUCCUCUUGAAUCACUCUACCUGUUACAUAAAACCGCAUCAAAAUCCGUUGCGUAAUUUUAAAGAUUUAAGCAUACAGACAAACAGACUAAAAUAGCGACUUUGUUUUAUACUACGAGUAUGUAGUGAUUAGCGUUUUGCACAGGAAGAACAAAUUUAAUCAAAAUAAGAACCAGAAUUAUCUUUUGCAAUCUCAUAGGUAAUUCAUUGAUCUUUUUACUAUAAAAACCAUUCGGACGGGAAUCAAUAAAAUCUUUGAAGCCGGUUUGGACUGGUCUUUCGGAGUUGAUUUUUUUUUGGAAACAGUUAUCUAAAAUUACGAACUAAAUGGUAAGCUGUUGGAGCAAGGUCCGGAGAGUACGGCAUAAUCAUUUUAAAGCAUAACGUUCUUUCACAUAAUGGUUUACGCAUAACUAUUCAAGGCAUACUAACUGUGACUACAUUGCUGAGAAGUCAAUAUGAGUUUACAAUGGUUUGCUCAUGAUACAGAUGUAACUACAAAUACUUAAGAAUAUCUCUUAUUGAUUCAAAGAUUGUGCCAGGUCAGACAAACUGAAAUUUUAAUUGCAACCUUCUCUCAAAUUAGGCAUAGCGCGCAUUUAUUGUUUGCGUUGGGCCGCAUUAUGUAACAUGAAUGCAAUGCGAGACAUUCCGGUCUGCGCCUGCGACGGCAGGAGCGAGCUAAAGGUCGUGUUGACCAAACUAAAGUUCAAGAACGCCACGCCAUAAACGCGCAUCUAUUAAAUACAUAAAUGUUAUAGACAUUUAUGUAAUAGCCCAAAUUUAUUGAUAUAAUAAACAAAGCAAUUUUGAUAUUUCCACAUUAUUUAAUAUCUAUUGUAAAAGUUUCUUCAUCAGCAACGCUGCGAUUUUAAGAUAUGAACUUUACAAACAUUAUUUUUUAAACAAACAAGUAUCUACUUAGACGAAGGAAAUAUUUUGCAUCUACUCUAUUAGUACUCUCUAUCUCAGUUGUAAUCACAUCUAUAUCCCUUGAGGGGUAGACAGAGCUAACUAGAAUAGAUUUAUAUUAUAAAAUUGGAAACAAAGUAUUUCUUAUUGACGUCACAUCACUUUAAUCCAAUUAUAACUACUACCACUUUCAAAGCGCAUGUGUUGAAGAAACGGUGGAACAAACUACACUGUAGCAUUUUACCGGACGUCAAUUUACAAAUAUAGAUCUCUUAAAUCUAAAUCGUGGACAAAUGCACAUUGUUAUCACAAUCCCAAGUUUAUAAGCCUAUCCCUUAGUCGCCUUUUACGACAUCCAUGGAAAAUAGAUGGAGUGGUCCUAUUCUUUUUUGUAUUGGUGCCGGGAACCACACAACAAUUUGUUCUCAUGAAUAUUAAUUGCAAAUUCUAGACGACUACAGGAUCACUCGGUCGACCGGUUUUAUUAGUUCCAAUUUAAGAAUAUGUGUUAUUUAUCUAUUAUGGGCGUAUGUUGUAAGUACCUACAAGUAAUUAUGCCGCAAACGGCGUAUGCAUUUCCAGAGCUUUCAUCAGGCAUUGGAUCGGUCACUGCUAUAGGCCCUGCUUAGGUACCCCGGCAGCAGGCUGCUAUGAUUAGUGUCGGCGGAGGAGGCACACGAAAAAAUAGAUAUGUAACUCAAGAGGUUAUACGACAAGGGGAAUUAUCCAUAUUCAGCACUUACCUAUCCAUAUUUUCAGACACCCUUUGUCUUCUUAGCUUGAUUAAACAAAUUCUUUCAGAGGAUCUGGCUAAGAACAAAAGAAGUCUCACUCCAAGAGCGGUGACCUAUGCACUGUGUAAAUGAUUCCCUGAACAUCUUCGACGUUUAGGAACAUCCUAAUUCUGGUGUGAGGUCGCGGCGCGCGGUGGGGAUCCACACUACAUAACGUUAUGUCAUCGCAGCCGCUGUAUACUUAUCCGGCGCUGUCGCCGGCACAACCACGCGAUUAUUUUCUUAGUCUUUUCUCUUGUAAAGUUCGUGUCAUAGUGUUAAUAAAGUGCAGUGAUAGAAACCCGCAGGAUGUGGCUGCCACGAAGCGCCGCGCUCGCGAGUGUGGCCCUGGCUCUCUGCUGCCUCGAUGCCGCUACUGGUGAAGGUUCGCAAACAACAGCCGGCGCACGACAGGGAGGAGAGAGGAAGACGGCGAGGGGGGCACGGCGCGUGCGCACCGAGCCGGCGAGACCUAGCAGGGACAUCGGCAUCAAAGGCGCUGAUGAGGAUUACUUGGUCAACGUCGAGAGGUCCUUCAGAGGAAACACCUUCAGAGAGCUGGAGGAAAAGAGAGGACGGAGCGACACGCUAUCCAGGGACUUCGGCGACGUGACAGGACUAGGCUUUACGCCCAACGAGAGGGCUAAUGCCUACGCUUCGAGUAGAGAUUCCGGAGCGGAUAGAGACCUCGGAGCUUCACGAACACCUUACAAUUUUAGAACUUACGACUACAAGGAUACCAAUUUUAACGAACAUAUUGAUAGGAAUAGAGAUUUCGGGCCUGCCCGAGGGAGAGACGAAUCCGGCCGGGGAUUGGAACCGACUCGCCUGAGGGACUACGGUAACGACGCGGGCGGGCGUGGGAGCCUCGGGUAUUCUGGCGCAGCGGACCCAAAGGAUACACAAACCAACUUGGCUCAGACCACGGAAACCGAGAGUCAGCGCUGGCUAAAGAUUUUAGGAGACUUUCUGAGAUCGUCAAAAGAAGGACGAGAGUUACUUCGCACGCGGGCUGACCACGUUAUAGACCCGCUGAUCCCAGUGAGUGUUCGCUCGCACGUUCCAGUGGGCGGCGACGCGAGCGGCCAGCUGCCGCUGCCGCUGCUGCUGGUGCCCGUGGCCGUGCCGGACGAGCAGUGCGCGGUAUCGAAGGUGUCGCCGCAGCCAGAGCAGCCUUCCGACGAGUACCUCCCUCCGCACUCCGGCUCCACAGCCACACCGCCCGUUGUACCAGAUUCGAGAAACCUCCGCCCAGAGGACGCGUCCUAUACCGAAACGCUGCUGGAGUUGUUCCGGGCCAUCGAGCCGCGCGCGCCGCUGCUGCCGCCGCUGCUGCUCCCGGAAUCCCCGCCCCCCGUGCCCCCCACGCCGCCCCCCACGCCCCUGUCUAUCCCUCCGCCAGAGAAACUUCGCUUCAACAGAUCGCUGCUCAUAAGAGCGGAGCUUACGGUCUACUAUUCUGACUACACUGAACCUUACACCGUUUGGUACGACGCGGAGAGCGGGUCGUCGCGCGCGGACCUGCACGGCGGCAGCACCGCGCUGUUCCGCGCCGUGCGCGGCGGCGACGUGCAGCGGCUGCAGCUGCGCAUCGAGCGCCACGGCGAGGAGGAGCGGCGCCGCUGCACGCGCCUGCGCACGGCCGCCGCCGCCGCCGACCGCGCGCCGCCCGGCCUGCCCGACCCCGAGCCCUUCCGCUUCCAAGGUUACAACGACACUUCAGCGGGCCGACUGGAGCGCUGGACGUAUGUAGUGUCGGGGCAGGCGGGGGAGCUGGGCGGGGCGCGCGGGGAGGCGCUCGUGUUCCGCCACCUGCUGCUCGUGGCCCGGCGCGCCGAGGACUACGCCGUGCCCUAUCUGUACUCGGUGACGGUGGACAGCUCGGUGCUGGGCGCCGCGGCGGACCGCUACGAGCACCGCUACCUGGAGGUGCGCGAGCAGCGGCCGGCGCCCGCCCACAUGUGGCCGGCGCCGGCGCGCGACUGCGACGCGCUGGAGCGCGCGGACCGCGUGGAGCACGUGGACCCGCUGCGGGAGUUCACCAUGACGCACCGCGACACCAGGUGCGACGCCGAUUUCGACAAAUUCAAGGAGAAUUUCGAAGUCACCUAUGACAACGUCGUCGAGGAGGCCAUCCGCAAAACCAUGUUGAUACGCAACACGCGUUGGGUGGAGUCCGCGAACAGGCAGGGCGCGUCCGCGCUCAUGGCGGUCAACGAGCUCAGCGUGCUGCUGCCCGACGAGACCAAGCUGCUGCUGGGGCUCGUGGACGGGGACGGGGAGGCGGGGGGGGCGGGGGAGGUGGGCGCCGUCCCCGGGGACUUCACGCCGGCGCCGCCGCCCGAGCCCUUCCCGUACUCGGCGGAGGACGUGUCGCGCCUGGCCGAGCAGCUGCCGCCCGCCCUCAGCUGGAAGCGGCAGGGCGCUGUCACGCAUAUCCGCAACCAGGGUUUCUGCAAGACGUGCUGGGCGUUCGCGGCCGUGGCGGCGACGGAGGGCGCGCUGUUCCUGCGCACGCGCGCGCUGGUGCCGCUCAGCGAGCAGCAGCUGGCCGACUGCAGCGCGGGCCCGCAUUCCUGCGGGCGCGGCAACCAGCUGGCCCGCGCCUACGCGCGCCUGCGCGAGGGCGUCGCCGCGCUCGCCAACUACUCGCGCUACUCGCCCGACGAGCCGCAGUACGGCCAGUGCCGCAAGGACGACGGGCCCGUCACUAAGAUCAGCGGUUACGUCAGAGUGGACAACAGUGCUGAAGCCCUCAAGGUGGCGCUCGCUCGCCACGGGCCGAACGUGAUCGAAGUGGACUCGGAGUGCGGCGGGUUCAUGUACUUCAAGGCGGGCGUGCUCAUCGACCGGCGCUGCAACCCGCGCGCCCGCAACCACGCCAUCACCGCCGUCGGCUUCAGCACGCACAAGAAGCACGGCAUGUACUUCAUCGCCAAGAACUCGUGGGGCCUCUCCGGCAACAAGGGCUACGUGCACCUGCACGCGGCCUCCAACGCGGCCGGCGUGCACUCCGCGCCCUCCUUCCCGCUGCUGGCCGCCGACGACGUGCUGCGCGCCGACCUCAGCGCGCUCGCCACCAAGCAUCCCGACGAGAAGAGCAUCUUCAACACCGACAGGAAGAGCUACCGGCAGUUCCUCAAGAUGCAGAGAAAAUUCAACACCAAAAAGAAAUUCAAGGAGAUUCUGAAUCUUCUCUGAAGAAAUCUUCUUAUGAAUAAUCUCUUGUCUAGUCUUGAUAUAUUCCCUAGUCAAAUUUAAGGCUUGUUUGGGUCUCGUAUAAUUACUAAAUAUCAACUGAUGUUAUUUUAAUGUUUAAUUUAAAACUUGAAUGUAUAUAUAUAUGUAUGUACAUACAUUCAUAGCUCAAAAACUUGACGUGAUUAGUUGUAAUAUUAAUUUUACG